GGGAGACGAAAAAAUUGUGGCGCGCCUACCCAACCCAGACAGCGGCCUGCCUGUCAGUGCCUGGGAUGAGUGAGGUCGGUAACGUAAGUGCGCGCGAGACCUUGUCUGGGCCACGUAGCGAUGGAUCUACAGUAGCACUGCUAACAUAUCAGUGUCAUACAUUCUAAAAAUGCAUUAGUACAAACACAUUUGCAAUAGGAUUAUCAAACAGUGGUGAACUGCAACAGUAGCUGGCUCUUUUUGUGCGUCUGCAGCACUCCAGAAUCCCUUGCAACUGAUUGCACGAAAUGAGAAAGAGGGCGCUCUCACCGAAGGCAAGCUGAAACCGGACCAACCUCAAAAAGCAUGAAUCGCUCAGCACUACCAAACUGGAAAAAGCGGAGUCAUAAACGACCGAAUUUACACUGAAUUUAACCUCGACAUCUGACAAGGCGGCAGAUUGCAGAUGGCUCCUGAAACGAGGCACAGAAGUUCCGACUGCGGCUCAAAGUCCGGCGUGAAGCUCCCCCUCAAGACGGAAGAUUAAAGGCUGAAGCCCCGACGGACAAUAUAACAUUGACAGCCUCGAGCGAGAGACUAACCUGAGAGGCUUCAUCAGCGGAGAGACCGAAACCUCAGAGGUUGAAGAGCAGACACCCCAGCUUCCAGAGAAGCUUUGAGAGUCGAGCUCAACAGAAGCCUAUGGAACAAAGCUGUAGCAGAAUGUCACUCGCGGUCUGUCCUCAGUCUUAAGCAUGGAUGCCCUGUUUGAAUCUGGGUGACGCUUUCUUCCCUUCCUCCUUCCUGUCUCCUCAGUGGCGGGAGGGGUGGGGGAUUGCUUCCGUUCCCCCUGCCCCUCCUUACAACAUAGCGAGGGUACUCUCACAGUUUAAGAAUACCAACACUGCUAACAAACCUCUGGCUGUGCUUCAACUAGCACUACUACAGUCUCCCCCUCCCUCACACAUGAAAUCCUGCCAGAGCCUGAAGGGAGAGGUGUCUAGCCCAGGUGGGAUGUCACAGGAGGGGCGCAGAACGCAGCAGGUGGCCCAGUCCUACUACCAUUCCCCCGCCCCAGACCUGGACCUAGCGGGCAAGCUGUACAAGCGGGAGGGCGGGGGCAAGCCUUACUCUGUGCUAGUGGACAACAAGAUGGCAGCCAAGACCCCCAUGGGUGACCAGACCCCCAGUCAGUUGUCCCCGCAGCUGACUGGGGGUCUGCUGUCCUCCCAGCAGCAGUACUACAGAGAGGGGACAGUAGGGCAGGAGGGGGGUGCGCAGGGAUCCCAGGCAGGCAAUGGGGGCACCUCCGAGGACUCUGAGGAAGAAGAGGAGGAGGAGGAGGAGUCCUUCAAGCGGGAGCAGAUCAUCGUGGAAGUCAACUUGAACAAUCAGACACUUAACGUAUCAAAGGGGGACAAGUCCGCCCCCCAAACUGAUGCCUCAGAGAGACACUGCAGCGAAGAAGAAGAGGAGGAGGAGGAAGAAGAAGAAGAAGAAGAGGAGGAAGAUCUGGAGGAGGAGGAGGAAGAAGAGGAGGAAGAAAUAGAGAGCCGCAGAACGAGAGCCAAGCGGGUCCGGCGUGGGGUGGCCCCCGCUACCAGUCAGCCCCGGAGGAAGACCCAGUGCACCGCUCUGGGCACCACCGGCAUGACCACCAGGGGCCGACGGAAGAAGACCACCCAGCCGCCCAAGAGGACGCGCCGGACUGCCAGGGAGGGCAAGGGGACCCCAUCCUCAGCUGGCUCUGCCACUGGGGAUAAAGAGGAUGGGGAGGAGCGGGAGACGCUGGCGUGUGAAAAGUGCCCCCGUGUCUUCAACACCCGCUGGUACCUGGAGAAGCACAUGAACGUCACACACAGACGCAUGCAAAUCUGUGACAAGUGUGGCAAGAAGUUUGUCUUGGAGAGUGAGCUGGCCUUACACCAGCAGACUGACUGUGAAAAGAACAUCCAGUGCGUCUCCUGCAACAAGUCUUUCAAGAAGCUGUGGUCGCUGCACGAGCACAUCAAGAUCGUGCACGGCUACGCAGAGAAGAAGUUUGCCUGUGAGAUCUGUGACAAGAAGUUCUACACGAUGGCUCAUGUCCGCAAGCACAUGGUUGCUCACACUAAGGACAUGCCGUUCACCUGUGAGACCUGUGGCAAGUCGUUCAAGCGCAGCAUGUCCCUGAAGGUUCACUCGCUGCAGCACUCUGGGGAGAAGCCCUUCCGCUGUGAGAACUGUGCCGAGAGGUUCCAGUAUAAGUACCAGCUACGCUCCCACAUGAGCAUCCACAUCGGACACAAGCAGUUCAUGUGUCAGUGGUGUGGCAAGGACUUCAACAUGAAGCAGUACUUUGACGAGCACAUGAAAACACACACCGGAGAGAAGCCAUUCAUCUGUGAGAUCUGUGGGAAGAGCUUCACCAGCAGGCCCAACAUGAAGCGCCACCGCCGCACCCACACAGGAGAGAAGCCCUACCCCUGCGAGUUGUGCAGCCAGCGCUUCCGCUUCUCCAACAUGCUCAAGGCCCACAAGGAGAAGUGCUUCCGGGUCACCAGCCCUGUGACUCUGCAGGGCAGCAGCCUCCCCCUGCCUCUCCACCUCUCUGCCCCCUCCUCAUCUGGCCCGGGCCUCGCUCCCUCAGCUGCCACCACCUCCGCCCCUCUGGGCCUCAGCCCUGCAGGAGGGGCUCUUCCCCCACGCGCCCCCGUGGGACACGCCACCUUCUCCCACCUGCACAUGACCCCCUCUCACCAUCUCCCUCACCACCAUACGUCGCAACAGCAGCAGCACCACCCCGGCACGCCCCUGCAAGCACCCCCUCUCCCCCACCACCACCUGCCUGUGCCCCCUGUCUCUCCUCCCCCCGCCCUCUUCAAGAGCGAGCCCCUCACCCACUGUGGGCAGGAGGACAGCAGCUACCUGCGUUACAUGGCACCGCAGGAUAAAGGGCCUGGGGCCCCCCAGCAUCACUGAACCCUAUGUGGGCCCUGGGCUCCAGGCCUGCCUGCCACACCUCGAUUACCCCCACCCCAACUCUCCCUGGCCCCUGGUGUAGAACGGCCCCUCGAAUACUGAUAUGAACAUGACACUCACAGCUCAGUACACACCAGUGUGUGUGGGAGAGCGUGAGGGAUACAGACAGGUACACUUUCAGUCUACACUUUAGAUAAGUGAGUGACCCACUUAGCUAAAGACCCAAGUCAACUGACACAGAUUUUUACAACCUCUUUGCUCAUAUCUUUUCUUGUGAAAAUAUUCUUCGAAAUUCCUGUGUUCUUAGACAACCUGCCUCCCAUGGUAGAAGGCUGUGUGUGUGUACCGGUAUGUGAGUUAUCCCUUGUUUGUGUCCAUUUUAUCCUCUCCACUGACAGCUGCUAAUGUCAUUAUUCUACUAGUGGUUCCUUAUCCAGGUAGCGGGUCAGAACAGAUCCAUUUCAUCAACUUAGUCCUUUGUGUCGACUGACUUUAACAACGGUUGCACAAUUCGGGGGAGUUGUAAGUCCUGGUCCUAAGGCUGACCUGUUUACCAUCCUGGUGCCAACUGGGUCUCCCACUGUCUCUCCCUAAGGAAUUCCACACUGGCUCUACCAGCAGUAGGCCAGGAAUCACUGCCAUAGGUCACAGUGGGGAGGUUAGAAAACGCCUGUUAGUGCUACUACUUGUCUGUUGCAACAGAGAUUCUGGUUAAUUGGUGCUUUAAUUGCAGUACUAGACAUAUUUCUUAUACACAGGCUAGAUCUCGUAACAUCUGGAGUGUAAUGUAACAGUGUGUGGGAUUGGUUGUGUUGUUGUUAUGCAGUUCUGGGAUUUGUCUUCUUGACUGACAUGUACAGCCUCAGAGCUGACAAGGUUAGACGUUCCCAACAGAACAAACGUGAUGAACCUGAACGUGCUGUCAUAUAUACACACACACACACACACACACUUCAAAAAGCAGUAUGUCAUCACUGGUCUCACUUCACACAAAAUGCUUGUCAAGAGAUUAUUAUUAUUUUUUUGUCUUCUGUAAUCAAAAGAGUUCAAAUACCGCCACUGUGACGGGUUAUCACAUACGACCCAACCUGGACCUCGCAUGUCUCUUCUGUCUCUCUUUCUCUGUCUCUCGCUCCUCUGUCUCUCGCUCCUCUGUCUCUUCCCCCGCUGCUGCUGCUGAGAUAAUACGGGUCACCCUGUAAAAGGUCAUUAAAACACAAGGUUCUGACCUUUUCAGCACAACUCUUAACUGAAAAAAAUCUGUAUUUUUUUUUCCCCAACCAGCCUAUCUUCCACAGCUUGGUGUGGAGCAGGACACGUUUUUGUUGUUGUAAUGUAACGGUUUGUUCUCCUUAGUGUUACAUAUACUGUAUAAGGUUACGCAAACAUUGAGGCCCUAUCUCACACGUUGGCAAAUAAUGAUGAAUCAAAACAUGUUGAAUGUUGCCUAGAUGUAGUGAUACAGGCUAACGGUUUAGCAAUCAAAUGUGUUAUUUUCUAGUGAUAUUUUCUGGAAAUAUGUUACAUUCGGUUUCAGACUGAAGAAUUGUUCUCAUCUCGCUCGGAACAUCCUGUUGAGUGAUCGGUUGGAGGAUUAUGUCUAACAUGCGUUUCAAUAUCUGGUGUUCGAUACAUUUACUCAAGUUGUACAUUUACUCAAAGAAAUCACGUUUGCAUAUGUAACCUUUUUAUUGUGUGAAUGUUCCCGCUGUCCCAUUGGUUGUUGUUCGUAUUGAUGAAUGACCGAGAGAGAUUCUGUCUUGUCAGAUUGUUGGUAGUGGGUUGUAGGAUGUUGUCCACCCCCCCCCCCCCACCCCACUCUUCUCAGAUAAGACUGAGUGUUGAGGAGCAAUGUUAAGGUGUGUGUUUGUCUCGGUAUUGGCAAAAUGGAACCUCUAUGGUGCUGUUGUAACAAAAGCUACCUUUACACAGUCUGGCCCUGGCCAUAUUCUGUCUGUCGUUCAACUCUCUGGGUCUCUCCCUCUGCACUCCCUGCUAAAGCCGUGCCAUCUGUUUGAAGGGUGUUCUGAGGUUGAUUUUGUACACACACAAGAAUAUGUCUGACAUGUUUCUGUGGAUUAACACAUAAUGGGUAUAGCAUAGUGGUGGUUCAGGCUGAGUAGUGGAUCAGGUUACUGUUUGUAUAUUGGGAGAAACUGAAGAGGAACAGUAGCAUCCAUUAGCAAGUCCCUGUACCACCUUGAGUUGCGGGUAUUUGGCCCAUUGGGUUUGGUUUAACAGAUGCCCACCCUCUAGAGAGCUACAACCAUUCUGCCAUUACUGUGGGUCUGUUAGUUGGGCCUCAGCAUCAGCUUAACCAUGAGUUACUUACUGUUUUUCAUGGCGUUUCAGUAUGAGGCUUUUUUUCUUUAUUUUUUUAACGUUCGUUUUAAAAAGCUUUUCUAUUUGUGUGUAUCCUCUGCACUUUACUGCUGCGUGAGCGAGUCGCAGUGAAGGGAGGGACUGACAAUGCAUUGUGUGAGUGAAGUGAUGUGUUGGUUCAUGGAGGAGGGAGGCGGUUGGUUUGGUGAGUGGCUGUUUGUUUGAGUAAGGAAACGGAGGAGAAUCAAUCUGGAGGUGGAUAGCGUGGAAGGGCCAUGGCAAAAGGAAAUGUUUUGUUUAGUUCAUAUAUUUGUUUUGUUUUUAAAUUCCUGUAAGUCAAUAGACUGGCUCUAAUAUGGACUCCCAAAGAGUGAUCGAGUAGUGUUGUUCCUCCUGCUUUGGCGAUUUUUACACUAGCCCCUCCCUGCUUCAUCUGAUCUGAAAUACAUUGAGGUGUUUGUCUGCCUCAUAUCCAGAGGUUCCUCUUUGUUGUGUAACAUUUUCUCUUCCGAUUUACUGUAUGAUUCUCCUCCUUUCAUAUUUGUUAUAUAGAAUGCACUUUUGACUAAAAUCCUGGCUAGUUAAGAAAAAUAACAAUGUAUAUUCUUUAAAGAUGUAAAAAAAAAAAAAAAAAAAAAAAUAUAUAUACUUUUUCCCCUCAAGUAUUUUUAACCACUUAAUGUAGCAUUGCAUAUUUUAUUAUUGUGAGUAUCUGGUACAAAAUUGUGCAGCUUUAUACUGUCCUGGGUUGUUUUUUUGGUGGGGGUGGGGGGGUUGUUUUGUAUGUUUGUUUUUGGAGAUUGAGGAGAAGUUGUAAUGUUGGGCCUUUUUUUAAUAAUGUACAUUUAACAGACUGCUAACUUUCAGAAGUAAAAAACGAGUAGCCAUAAUUAUCACA